CAGGUAAUCUUCAUCUCCAAGAGCAAAUUGGUUCCUUUCCGCAACCUGAACACGCGGAACAUGAGCUUUGAGCCUCGAUAUGGCAUCUUCUUUGAAUCUGAAAAUGAAAUGGUCGCAUAUGAUAGACUCCUGGAGCACCCAUGUCCUUCUUGUAUCAAACCAAGAGUCUUCAAGAAUUUUUUGGCCCUGAAGAACCAUGUCAAUCAGGAUCAUCAGCUUUUCUUCUGUGAACUCUGCAUAACUCACCUCAAGAUUUUUUCCCGGGAACGGCGGGCCUACACUCGCUCUGAGCUUGCUCACCAUCGGCGUAAAGGUGAUCCUGAUGAUACGAGCCACCGCGGUCAUCCUCUCUGUGAGUUCUGUGACAUCAGAUACAUGGACAGCGAUGAACUCUUCCGCCAUCUAAGAAAGGACCAUUUCUACUGCCAUUUUUGUGAUGCUGAUGGCAAGCAUCAGUUUUAUGAUGAUUAUCCUGCCCUGCGCGAGCAUUUCCGAGACAGCCAUUACUUGUGUGAGGAAGGCGACUGUAAAAAUGAACAAUUUACUGCAGUCUUCCGCGACAAAAUUGACUUGCAAGGUCACUUCUUGGACAACCACGCGGACAACAAACGAGCCGCUCGUCAGGCGCGCACGGUGGACAUCGAGUUCACCGUGAAUCACGCGCCGUCUCUGGUGCACCGUGACGACAGGGGGCGCGGUGGUCGCGGCAGAGGAGGCAGAGGCAGAUCAGGUCGAGGAGGUUGGGAUGACUCCCCCCCUGCUGAGGAAUUGCCUCCUCCUCCCCCACCUCAACACUCCAUUGACAUCAAUUGCGUUCAGGACUUCCCCACCCUGGGUAACCAGACGAUGGACCUACCAAGAAACAGUGCCCAGUCUUCGAGAUCGUUCACUCUGCGGGCAAUGCGCGGCAACGUAGCCAGUAUGGAGGAAGAGUUUCCAGCUCUUGGCAGCUCGUUUGCCGCUUCGCAGCCGUCGACGCGCGGCAAUUAUGCUGGCAGUCCCACGACCAGCCUGCAUCUCAGAGUCAAUGCUAAGAGGGGCGGUGGUAGUGAUGGAGCCAGGGGCGGGGUGUCCAUACAGUACAGCAGCACCAGCGGCUCUACUGAGCAAAAACAACCUAAAGUCAACAGGAACAAUAACACCUCUGCAAAUGCGGUCUCGUCUGGAAAAUCCGGAAAUGUUAUGCCCAAGUCCAAGAACAAUUUUGGUGGUGGCAAUAAAGAGAAUGCUUCGGCAAAAGACUUUCCUUCACUUCGCCAACCGUCCAAGUCGCUCACAGCAACUUUCGGUGGAGCUGAUUCAUUCAACAUUACUACUGCACCCAUGCAGCAGUCUUCUAAAAAACCUCCUCUAGCUUCUAAUAUAUCUUCAGCUAAAACGACGUCGGUGAAAAGUAAAGAGCUCCGAAUAAAUGGGUUUCAGAAACCUCCGAGCUCCAAAGAUUUUCCUUCGCUUGGCUCCGACUCAAGAUCAGAUAACGGGAUGAAAAACUACCACGGCAUGUCAAAAGUUACUGUACCUGUUAACAAUUCGUGGACCAAGAAAACCGAAUAUGUUCCUGCCGCCACACCCACGGUAAAAACUCCUCCUUCAGAAGUUGAACCUUCUUCGUCAUCUGCUGUCAAGAACACGGCCAACAACAAGAAAAAGAACUCGGGUGCCGCGCCACCCAACGUGGUCACGAACGGUACGUCACAGAACAAGAAGCGGCCCUUGAGACUUGGUAACGUGUUCGACGCCAGCGAUGGAGAGGAAGAGGAGGAAGAACCAAAUUUUGGCGUUACCUUUGCGCCAUCUCGUCGUGAUUAUGAAGUGUAUAACCACGUCUCUAAAGUUCCUGAAGCGUCCUCGAACAUGACACUGUUGUCAGCUGAUACUUUCGAGGCUAGAAAGAAAUCUGAAUUAAGAAUAGGAUCUUUGAAAACUCCAGUUCCCAAAUUGAAUUCUACUGGCCAGUUUCCUUCGCUUGGAGGUAAGGGCGGGAAUAACAGUAAGAAGAAAACCGCAGUAGCUUCUGAGAACAAUGGAACAGCCAAUGGAUGGGCGAAUGUAACUUCUAAAAAUCCUGCACCGAAGAAUGUGAAAGGCGAGAGUAGCAAUUUGGCAACAACUGAUAUGACUUUUCACAAUAGUUACGGCGAAUCUUAUCACAUAUUGCCAUCUAAUGAUAGUUCAAACGACGUCGCAGUUCCCAAGCCGGGCAAUGCCCAGAAAGGGAAGAAAGAUAAAAUUAAAAAGCACAAGUUUAUCCCGCCUGAAGAUUUUGAACAAAGAAACCAGCUCCUCAUCAAAACUAUCUCAGAUCAGUGCGGACGGAAUACGGAGCAGUUCAAGCGGUUCAAGUCGCUGGCUGUCAACUUGAGAAAUGGUACCCUGGAUGGCCGAGCUUAUUACGAGCAGUGCCGGGACUUGAUGGGACGCAAAACUUUGCUCUCCAUUCUGCCUGAACUACUCGGACUCCUGCCUGAUAUCAGCAUGCAACAGGCUGUGUACACGGGGUACCUUCAGGUGGAUCAAACCACUGGUCCCGACAGCACCCUGGACCUGAAUGAGUGUGAGCGCUGCUGCCAAGUGCUGCGUUCAGAGGACCUGGAACACCACCGCGCCGUGCACCGCGAGGCAGACUUCCCGUGUCUCGGAGGCAUGUCCAUCAACUGAGCCUUCAGACAGUUUGGAGACUAAAUAAAAAUGAUCCAGGGGGAACAGAGCAUAUGAAAGCAGGCGUGUACGAGUGUGAGGAAUCUUGCAUUAGAGGAUCUAGGGCGAAAUUCUCUUGAAGGAACUGUGGUGUAGUAUUUAUACCUAUUGUGGCCUCGAUGUUGAUCUAUUUCAUUACCUGUGUUGUUUUAAUAAUAUUUCGCGUUGACCGUUGAAGAAUUAUUAACCUAGAGAUAUCUCAAUGAUUCCCGCCGUAGAAAAUUCUAGUUAUUUUUCCCUUUGAGUUUUUUUUUUUAUCGUUUUCACUGUUGCUCACUGUAUUUUUGAGGAUUAAAAGAUGCGAGAGAUGAAUUGGUCGUUAUGACGAUGUAUUGUGCCGCGGCUGCGGGUUUAUUAUUGCAUAUUAUUAUUACUUAGUAAAUUGAUUCACCUUCUCUAUUACGUACUUGUCAGAUCUGAUCCCUCAUUUGCCGAUAGGAAACCGGAAAUCCAAUCUUCGUUCGCCUUUCGAUUCAACAUUCACAUGAUUAAGGUCUAAAAUUACACAAAUUACAGCGAAUGAGCUCACUGGAGAGCAGCUCUGUAUUUUGGAUUGCGUCAUUUAAUUUUCAACCGCGUAUAUAUAUCUCUCUAUAAUUUGUUGUAAUAUAGAAAACAUUUAAUUAUUGACACUCGCUUAUGUUACGUCUAAUCCUUUUACCUUAUGUAACUUGCAGCUCAUUGCUUCCAUGUGAAUUUUUUCAUUAUUUUUUGGUGGCAAAUUUUCUUUUCAUUAUUUAAUUGAUGUUGGUCACGAUAUGAAUGGUUUUUCCAGAAUAAUCUAAGUAAAUUAUUCAUUUAAAGGUAUAGGCCUAUCCCAUCUGUGAAAUGAUGCUUUGUCUUACAUGGCUACUUGUUAAUGUAAAAUUUUCAAAAGGCGAUACUGAGAUCUUACCGCUGCAAUAGUUCACAAAGAUUGGUGUCAUUUUUAACUGGUAAAAUUUAAUCUAUUUUUCCUUCAUGGAGAUCUCUUGCAAGUUAGUUUCAAGUCUUGAGUUAUUUUUUCUGUUUCCAGUGGCUCUACUAUGCUGUACUGAAGGUUAUGACAAUGAUAAUGCGCUCUCUACUUGAUUGCUCACGCCCUUGCAUGCGGUUACUCUGCUGUGUAGUAAAGCUUAUUUAUUAACAAAUAUUCAUGGAGGUCUGCUCCAUAAUGUCAUGGCACGACCCGAGAACGCAACUAUGUAUUUAUUCAUACGCACCUAUAUUCAUAUAUUUCUUUAAUGAGCUCCCUCUAGUUCUUCUGAAUAUUAGAAUUUUGUGUGAGAAUGUACUCUCUGAGCAAAGCGGUAAUUGAGAAGCAUUUUUUAUGGAAAAGUCGAGGUAAUGUCACGUCCUUUCACUCAAAAUUCUUAGUUACCUUAAAAUUAAAUUAAUUCAUCUCGCCCUUUUUAAGUAGAAAUAUUCAAGUUUUCACUCGCUUGAAUAAAGGACUAUAAAAUUGUCUCGCUCGCGUGUUAGGGAAGGUAUUUCCGUUCGAAUUACUGAAGGCCAUAAGUCGGAUAAUGCCUGGUAUAUAUGAAUACGUGUGCUCCUAGUGCCUUACUUUUCAUGACCACUAUUUUCUUCUAUUGGGCGUGCCUUGAACUCUAGCUCCUAUUUUACUGAAUUUGCUGUACAUUUCUAGUUCACCUUGUAGCGCAGGACGUCAUGUUGCCAAUAAAUUUAUGUAUGGCCCUCAUAUCAUGAAGACUUAACUAUCAUUGUGAAUGAGCCCAGCUGUAAAUUUUAAGGCAUUUUUGAUUUGAUUGUAUGCCACAAGUUGUUAUAUUUGAUUGUGGUUUUAUUUUUAACAAAUUAUAUUAUCAAUUUUGAACCGUCAUCGAAACAUAAUUCAUUUCUCGCAAAUAUUGGGCUAUGCUUUAGGUGUUUUUGUAUUUUAUUUUAAUCAUAUAUAGAGUUGUGUUUACUCAUACUGUUGAUUCCUCUAAGAAACUUAAAUUAGUUUUCUAUCACUUGUAACAAUUCUCGCACAUGGUACUCGUCAUAUGUUCAACUUGUGACGGACGUUUUAGUUGAAUUUAAAUUCGAUUCGUAAUUAUUUCAGCAACGAGGCUAGUACCUCAUUUUCUCAAUAAAAGGCAUUUCCUCAAAAUUCUGUACUCAUCUUCCGCUCUCGAAACAAUGAAACGAGUUAUAAGUAAAUAUAAGUUUUCGAAUGAAGAGAUUUUUAUCUUCUCAAUAACCGGAUUCUAAAUAUGGUUGCAUGCUAAAAAAGAGGGCGCGCAACCAUAAUUUUUUUUCGUGUUCAAAGUGUGAAAACUUGUCAAUUACUUCUUCUAUUUUCAGCGUUUUUAUUGUUCGUGGAAAUCACCGUUUGGAUUCGCGUGUUUCACUGAGUUAGUCCACCGUUUGGCUCCCCGUGUGUUGUUAGUCCAAUGACAAAAGCUAUCAUUUUGUUGCUUACAAAAACUAAUAUUUUUUAUUCAUUGUAGCAGCUACUUUUCACCGACUACGAGAUGACGCUUACUCCAGACAAAUGUGUGUUCAAACUAAGGCUUAGCUUUGAAUGCACUGAACUGUUUUCUAAUUGGAAAAUAUCUUGACUUUAAUUUUUAGCCUCUGAAGUUCCUUAUACGACCAGCAUCAUUAUCGCGUACGGUAUUUUAGUAAUCGACAGUUUCUAUGCGAUUACAAACACAAUGGGCCCAUGCGAUUGGCAUUCUAUGCUCAUCAAAUUCUAAGAUAAAAUUUUGACACGUGAAAUUUCAUUUCUUUAUUAACUUCAAAUAUUUAUCAUUAUAGAUUUUGGAGCGUGUUUUUAUUGAACCCUUUGCGAGAAAAAUUCCAUAUUUUCAUUUCCGUGUCUAAGGCUUAUUGUGAAGUUUCGUUUAAAAAAUUUUCGUGGACGUACUUCGGCUGAGCAGAAAUUCUAGUUUUUUUUUUCCUGCCGGAAUUCAAGUCUGCUUCCUAAAAUAGACUUGAUAGUAGUUUCCAUGCUAAAAAAUUAACGUGCGCUGUGACUUUCUCUAUGGAAUUCUGGCUUUAUUUUUUUUUUGUCUUUUGGUUCUUGGUAUUAUUUACUAACUUCACUCGAUCCUCGAUUAUGAUUUUUGUCAAUGCUUCAUACCUUAUGUUUACUUUCGUCCUAUUGUCUCGAGUUGGCUUUACUGUUGUGUCUGGUCUAUGCUUUUGGGGUAUAAAAUUGUUCUGUGUUUUCUGUAGAUCUUGUUUAGUGUGUAAAGGUCAUGUUGGUCUAUUUUAUAUCACAAUUUGUACAGAAAUAUUUAACUUGAUCAUUAAUUCUGGUGUAUAUUAUUCAACCUUUUUUAAUUCAAGCUACGGUUUUUAUAUUAAAUAAAUAUUUCCUGUGUGUGGCCCGUACUGGUCGAGGU